AUGGUUUUAGGAGCUAAUCCCCCUUUUGACGUUUUUGAAGGUUUCAUAAAGAGAAUGUGGGGAAAACUGGGUAUCGAGAGAAUAGCGAGAUUAAAUGCAGGCCAUACGCUGGUUAAAUUCAGGGAUGAAGUGACUAGAGACUUGGUGUUAGAAAAUGGGGUUUUGCAUUUUGAUAGAAAACUUGUUAUAGUUAGGCCAUGGACCACUGAGUUAGAUCAUUUGAGGAUGGUUAAAUCGGUUCCGGUAUGGGUGAGACUGCCUGGUUUGGGGUUACAGUAUUGGGGAACCAAGUGUUUGAGUGCUUUAGUUAGCACUCUUGGGAAACCAAUUCUUGUUGAUAAGUUUUUGAAUGAAAGAGGGCAAUUAAUGGAGCAAUUUGUUGAGUUUGAAUGGCUGCCCACACAGUGUAAGAUCUGCAAGGUGUUUGGCCAUACUGAAUCUUCUUGUAAUAAGAAAAAAAAGGUUGUUUGGAGGCCAAAAGAUCAGACAGCUAAUGGAGCUAACUUGGACAAAUCGAUGGAAGAGAUAAAUCUGGGCAAAUCUGAGUUUCAGAAGGAUGCCAGUUCUUCAGUGCAGAGUAAUGUAGCUGGUUUCAAGUCUACACUGCCUGACAGUGCUUUGGAGGUUUCACAUGUUCAGCCGAAUACAGAGGUUAUUGUGGUAGCUACUAAUCAAGAUUCCAAGGUUGAUCAGGGGGCUGAUGACAGAGUUUCAGACAACAAUGUAGAGCAUGAAGGGGAAUGGAUCACACCUAGGAAAGUCGGUGGGAAGAAAUUGAUGGCUUCUAAGGCUCAGAACAAGUUGAAAAAUGCAUAUAAUGCCCUACUAGACAAGAGAUUGGAGGGUUCGAAAUUGGAUUUGAGUAACAAAAAAUCAAAUGGGGGAGUUCCAAAUUCUUAG